GCAGUGGGCCGGUCCUGGGCGUGGCCACCACAGCCCUGCCUGGCAUCAGGCAGCCCUCGCAGCUCCGGUGCCUACAGCACCCCGUUCUCACCAUGGCAUUCCCGCCCAUCCUCCUGAUGCUGGGGGUCCCCCUGGCACUGGCUGGCACGAGCUGUCUGGGGUACGUGGACGAGCAGGACUCCUGGCACCCGGGGUUCAGCUGCCAGCCCUUCACCUUCUGCUGCGGGACUUGCCACCAUCGGUUCUGCUGCAGGGACCAGAGCCUGCUCAUCCCCGAGUUUCAGCAGAAACGCUGCCUGGGGCUCAGUCCCAAGGUUACGGCAGGCAUUGCCUCAGCUGUGAUGCUCUUUGUGGCCCUGAUGGCCACUGCCGUCUGCUGCUUCUGCACCUGCUGCUACCUGUCCCGCCGGCGCCAGCAGCUGCAGGUCCCCUUUGCAGGCCAGGAGAUUCCAAUGACAGGACACAUAGUGUACCCGUACCCCCAGGACCCCAAGGCUGGCCCUGCACCCCUGCCACCUGGCUUCAUGUGCCCACCUAGUGGUCCUCCCCAGCAUCCUCUCUACCCCCCUGGGAUCCCCAACUACAGCCCUGCAGCCCCUCCCCCGUAUAACCCACCGCAGCCCGCCUACCCGGGAGCCUGAGGAACCGGUGUCUGCUGACCCUCCGAAGGUGCCCUCUCCUGUUUCUGCAUCUCGCCUGGGGGGCAGGGGACCUCCACCCAACAGGCCCCCCGAGCCACACCUUGGGCCAGCAGGGAAGGGGACAGGAGCUGGGCUGAACUGGGCCAUGAAUGAGAGGGGGGCUCCGAAUUUCCACUGGGGGCACAGCGUGGGUCACGGCCCCUGGUGUCUCACAACCUCUGCUCCCGGGACCCUCCCGCCUGCCCCUGUGGGUUGGGUGGGGCUUCAGCAGCAGUGCACCUGGCCCGGGCUCUGGGCGGCUGGAUUAAAACUGUAACUCACAAGGGUAGCAUGGCCUCACCUUCCCUAACGCUGUCUCCCGCUGGGCCCUGCCGGGCCAGCUCCAGUCCCCGGGUGGGGGCAGGGACAGGGCUGGGCACAGCACCACCCACCCCACCCUCAGGCAGAACCACAGGGCUGAG